AUGACAUCAACGGCACCAUCCAAGCGGUCGAUUGACAAGGAGGUCUCGUCCGUCUUCAAGAACCUUCGGUACGAGAAGAAAGCCACCAAGACGGCCUUGAUAGCGGUGGUGCGCUCAAAGAGCUAUGCAGAACUCGACAACCUCUGCAAGAAAGCCAGCUGGACUGGACUAAAGUUCUGGCGCAAGAAGACGCUCGUCUUUGUCGCGACCCCGGAGGAUCUGGCGGAUGCUAUCCGUCAGGUCGAGCACAAUGGUCUGUCCAAGGACCUGACCAUUGUUGUCAGCGGUGCCAUUCCGGACCUGUCGCUGCACGUCGGCAGCGACGUUCGCGCGCUCAAGGUGAUCCGCUGCGAGUUUGAGCACACCGACUGCCACGAGCGCCUAUUUAUGGACGGCGCUUCGACGCUGGCUGAAACGCGUCUGGACGAGUGGGGCAUGGGAGACCGCGCGACCUUUGAGCAGCACGCCGUCCUCCUCGGCCGCAACAUCCUCAUCAAGACGAACAUGAACAACAUGAGCGCCGUGAGCAAGCGCAACCAGAGUCAGACCCAAGCGGCCGCAGCUGGCGGAGAAGCAUCCACCAAGGCUACCAGCAAAGGCCUCAACAAAGCGCCUAGCAGAUCGUCUAGCAAGGCGCCAAGUCGAUCGCCGAGCAAACCGCCCAGUCGAUCGCCCAGCAAAUCACCGGGCCACACAUCCAGCCAUUCGUCCAGCCAUGGGUCCGGCCAUGCAUCCGGCCAUGCACUCGGUCGUACACCCAGCCAUGGACCCAGCAGUGGACCUAGCAAUGCACUCGUCAAGGCAUCCAGCAAGGACUCCACCCAGACGGUCAGCGAGGAGCAGAUGAGGAGGUACAUCCAGGUGGCGGAGCAGUAUGCACAGAACCUCACAACCUGGGAGGAGUGCAGAGACGUGGUGUCGACGCUGGUGGAUCGCGUCGUGGGCCAGGACAAGGUCCUCGUCGGCCUGAAGGGCAUCGCAGGUGGCGUGGCCUUUCAGCUGCAGACUCCCCUCUGGAGCGCCAAGAUGGCCGCCCUCGGGCUCAAGACGUCGUCGCUCGUCUCGCUCGGCGGCUCUGUCGUCAUUCUUGGCACUGCUGCUGCUGUGGCAGUCUACUUCUUCCCAUGGAGCGACUUCUGGGACAGCCUGAGGACGCUCAUGUCGAUAUUUUGGAAGUGGGCGGGCGACAUGUGGGACAAGUUCUGCAGCAACGUGCGCGCUGCCUUGGAGAACGAGCUGCGGAAUGGCCCGUCGCUCCUUUCCAAACGAGUGGCCUGA